GAGGCUACCAUAGUUGGUAUCCGAAUGGCACGCCGAAUGGCUGUCGAAAAUUACCGAGAGUAUGGAUGCUCUCUCUCAUGGCGGACUAUCCCUGCACUGUGGGGUUUAUGAAUACACAAGCCACAAUAUUCAACAUGCCAGCUGAACUCGUGGCUAUUGAGUUUCUGCACAGUGAACCGACUUGCCAUUUUGCGUUGCUUCCUCUCGAAAGCCGUUUAUUUUGACUUCACAUUUUCACCUCCCUCAUAAACUGCGGACUUCAUAAAAUACUGAAUGGUGAAGGACAGUACAGCCUGUGUGACAAGGGAUAAUGUCAUGGCUUGCUCAGAAUGAGUGAAGAAAAUACUUCAGCCGGGUCUGCAGUAGUGGAAGCGAUUCCGCCCGACGGCCCAGUAGGGGGCGUCCCACUUGCCAAACCCAUUCAUAUCCAGCGUCUGGAACACGCUGUUCGUUUGGACUCAUUUCUUGACUUUGUAGAUCAGUGCAUGGAAGAGCCCUUACUAGAGGGAAAAUCACCAGAAAAAGACAAAGAUUUAGAAGAGAUUGGAAGAGAAUUUGUGCCCAAGACUCUGCCAAACCCUGUCAUUGACCAGGGGUUCCUAUCAGAUGUUAAAUGUGACCAAGAUACUGUAAACAGUGAUACACUAGCCAAAGCAGAGAGAAGAGCAGACAAGAGGAAGUUUUUCAACUUUGGGAAAGUGAAGAAGAAUAGGAGGUGGCUCAAGGCCAUCCUGUUGAGUGAUUCAUCCGAUCUUGAGGAUGAGGAAGAAGAGGACAAGUCUCUCUCAAAAAAUGACCUCCGGGAAAUGCUGAGACUACAUAAAUUUGGGAGACAGUGUAAAAACCAGGUCUAUAUAGAAAGCGAACUUCAGCAAUAUCAGUACUACAGUGCAGGACUUCUGUCCAACUACGACAAAUUCCUGGACCAUCAGAGGACAAUCGUUGGUCCCAAGAAAGCUAAGAAAACUUCUAGCAGUAGUAAAAUCAAAGAAAAACUCAAGCGAGAGAGAGAUAGGAAAGAACUAAGUGAGGAUCAGGGUGAGCCACAGAUGAUGCAGGAGUGUGUCUCGGACUAUGAUGGCUCAGUAGCUGUGUUUCAGGAUGCUAAUAGAAAGUUCACCUCAAUCAAGGACGUUGAUGCCCGAAGGAAGAGAAUAUGGCUGGCCAUUGCAAAGAGAGAUAUCCCCAAGGCUCACAAACAUCGUGCUUCAGUGCACAACAACAUACUCACAAACUGUCGGAAGAUGGCUCAGGGGUGCCAGAAGGAGCUACGCCGAGCUGCCAUCCAGUCCCAGAGGGUGUGCAAGGAGACACCUUACAGGGCAAGACGUCUUACCCGUGAGAUGAUGGCAUUCUGGAAGCACUAUGAGAAGGUGGAGAAAGAACACCGCAGGAAGGCAGAGAAAGAAGCCCAGGAACAGAGAAGGAUUGACGAUGAGUUCAGAGAGGCAAAGCGAACGCAGCGUAAACUGAACUUCCUGAUCACCCAGACCGAACUCUAUGCUCAUUUCAUGAGCCGUAAGCUGACGGGCCAGGGAGAUGAGGAAAGGAAUCGUAUACUCAACAUGCUGGAUGAGAAGACACCUAAACGACUGCGUACUGUCAAACAGGGCCUACUUGUGGAUAUAGAAACAGAUGAUUAUGAUACUGAGACGAUGAAGCAACGUGCCUUAUUGAAUGUGACCCACGCAUACAACUCAUUUGAGAACUCCAAGAAUGAUUUUGAUACUGAAUUACAUUUGCCACAGCAAGACUCGGCAUUUAGUUUGUCUACUACAUCUAUGGACACGGAGCAGCAUCCGCAACCCUCCAUGUUCCGAGGGACCCUCAAGUCGUAUCAGCUUAAAGGGAUGAACUGGCUAAUCAACCUGUAUGACUGUGGUAUCAAUGGCAUUCUAGCUGAUGAGAUGGGUCUGGGGAAGACAGUACAGAGUAUUGCCUUUCUAGCUCAUCUAGCUGAGAGCCAAGGUAUCUGGGGUCCAUUUCUAGUGGUUGCACCAGCAUCAACUCUACACAACUGGACUCAAGAGUGCAGUAGAUUCGUGCCAAAGUUCAGGGUAUUGCCCUACUGGGGGAAUCCUCAGGACCGCAAGACUCUCCGCAAGUUCUGGGGUCAAAGCUCCUCUGUACUCCACACGGAACAAGCAGAGUUCCACAUCUUAGUGACCAGUUAUCAGCUGGUUGUACAGGACAUCAGGUAUUUCCAACGCAUCAAGUGGCAUUACAUGAUCCUUGAUGAGGCCCAAGCCAUCAAGAGCAGCUCUAGUGUUCGCUGGAGACUACUGCUAGGGUUCAACUGUAGGAACAGGCUUCUGCUCACCGGUACACCUAUCCAGAAUAGCAUGGCAGAGUUAUGGGCCUUGCUUCAUUUCAUCAUGCCAACUCUGUUUGAUAGCCAUGAAGAGUUCAACGAUUGGUUCUCUAAGGACAUAGAGAGUCAUGCAGAGAAACAGUCUGGAUUUGAUGAAGAGCAACUAUCUAGAUUGCACAUGAUACUGAAACCCUUCAUGUUGAGGAGAGUCAAGAAGGAUGUGGAGAACGAGCUCUCAGACAAGAUUGAGAUUCUGAUGUACUGUCAGCUGAGCACUCGUCAACGUCUCUUCUACCGAGCCAUCAAGAACAAGAUCUCCAUCGAAGACCUGUUCAAGUCUCACUACUCUACCACCGCGCAGACACAGACCAAUAAUCUCAUGAACCUUGUCAUGCAGUUCAGGAAGGUGUGCAAUCAUCCUGAGCUGUUUGAGAGAAGGGACACCAGUUCUCCAUUCCACACUCAUCUUGAUGAGGUUACACUACCAAGGUUACUGCUGCAAGAUAUCAUCCAAAACCAGCCUCUGAGAAACAAGGUACUGUACCACAUGCUUUCAAUCUUCACGGCAGAGAACAUCCACUAUUCUCUGUUUGGUGAACCCAGCUCCAGCCCCGGCUCCUCCUCCUGUGGAUCAGCCUUCUCUUUCUCCUGCUUUGUGGAGACCACACCAGCUCAGCUCCAGUCCCUCAAGACUGGACUCAUGGCUAGUUGGCUCCUGCUUUUCCUAGUCAUGAAGGCCGCCUACAGGGUCUACCUUGAUGGUAUCUGGAAAGAGACAGUCAACAGCAAUAGGAGACUCCUCCUUGUGCGACCACUCUGUGCAACCAGUCAAGCCAGCCGCUCCUGCAGCCCUAUCUUGCAGGAGCUGUUGUUCACUUCAUGGACUACCACCCUGUCCUCUCACAACACCCAUCUCUUCCAUCACAUGCCAGAGACGGGAUGGCACAAGAGGGUUCGGACCAGGACUAGCCAUACCCUGACCCCCGCCCCCACGGUGCUAUCAUCACCCCAAUCAUCCUCAUCUUCAUCAGGAGUGUUGUCUCCUCUCAGGCACAAGAGCACCUCACAUGCCUCUCCCAGUGGGGCAAAGUCACCAGGAUUCACCUUUGCUGGAUCAGGAAAGAGUCCUUCCAGCCAGGGUAGUGAGAGUCCUGCAUUCAAACAGGUGAGCUCUCUGAUCGCUCCUCGUAUGAGACCGGUUACUGUCAGAAGAUGCCAAAGGACUGAUAUGCCUGCCUUCCUCUUCAAUACUAUACCAAAGGUAAAUGCUGCACCUGUGAACUUCUACUGCAAGGAUCGUCGUGAAACCUACCAACUCUCUAGACUGAGGCAUGGUGAUAGCAUAGAAGCAAUGCAAUGUGUCAAGUAUGGUUCACCAGAGAUCUACCAGGAGAGAAGGUCCAAUCUACUCAGACCGCCUGCUGUCGGGGGUCUCUCUGCUCUCAAACCACAUUAUGGAUAUACGAAGAUACAGAUACCAGACAAAGACUACUUGGUGACGGACUCAGGGAAGAUGCAUGUGCUAGAUGACCUCUUGUCUCAGCUAAAAGAUCAAGGUCAUCGUGUCUUGAUCUACUCUCAGAUGACAAGGAUGAUCGACAUCUUGGAGGAAUUCUUAUGGCAUCGCAAACACACCUACAUGAGGUUGGAUGGUUCUUCUAAGAUCUCAGAUCGCAGGGACAUGGUGGCUGGCUUUCAGUCAAGAACCGACAUCUUUGUGUUCUUACUGAGUACCCGUGCUGGUGGUCUAGGUAUCAACCUGACCGCUGCAGACACAGUGAUCUUCUAUGACAGUGACUGGAACCCAACAGUAGACCAGCAGGCCAUGGACCGGGCCCAUCGGCUGGGCCAGACCAAGCAGGUCACAGUCUAUCGGCUCAUCUGUAAGGGUACCAUAGAGGAGCAUAUACUGGAGAGAGCCAGGGAGAAGAGCGAGAUCCAGAGGAUGGUGAUAUCUGGUGGACACUUCAAGCUGGAGCAACUCAAACCCAAAGAAGUUGUCUCACUCCUUCUUGAUGAUGAGGACAUUGAAAUGAAGUUUCGGAUGAAGCAAUCUGAGAAGAAGAGCCCAGAUGACAGACCUCAAAGCAAAGAAAGAAAACGCAAGAGAGAUAAAGAUGGAGAAAGUGUGAAGGAAGGUUGGAAGAAGGUCAAAACCGAGGUCAUAUCUGACACUGCUAACGUGUCUCUUGAUGGAGAUGAUUCUAUUCUCAGUGUGGACUCUGCUGCUCCUAGUCCAGUCAGUGUGGUAUCUGUUGGAAGUGAGAGCAACCACGCCCGUUCCCUGUCGUUAACACCGGUACCACAGGAUGAGAACAGUAACGAUGGUCUGCUCAUCGUUGACGAAGCCUCACCCAGUCAGUCCAUAGAGGGCGAUGAUACAUCACCAGCUGGCAAAUCUCGAGCUGGGGUGGGUCGUGGCAUGCGGACCAAGCAAUCCCCGGGUGCAGUGAAGAAGACCAGUCAGAGGAUUGGUAGACCCAGGAAAGGGAUAGCCGCUGCAGCAAUGGCUGGAGCUAGAGCAGGGGCUGUAGCCGGGACUGCUGCUGCUUAUGCUGCCUAUGGCUUCAAUCUUGUGGGUAAACAAGAAUCCAGUAGUCCAGCAAGCACCACUCCUCCUCCCAGCAUAGCCACAUCAGAAGGGCUCACUUCUCCAUCCGCAUCAACAGAAUCAAUAGCUGGCUCUACUACAUCUCCUCCUGCAAAGAAACAAGUUUUUGAAGUACAGGCAACAGGAAUACCAGAGCCAACUCAAGACAGAGGUGGUACAAAGACAGGAGAUAGUAAGCCACAAGAGGAAUGUAGUGCAAGUGAUGCUAAGGUGGGAACAAAGACCUCUCCCAAACAAGAGAAAUCUGCUUCUCUCUUAUCAAAUUCAGAUGGAACUUUGGUAAAGAACUCACCUCCUAAAGCAUCAAGUCCAGGAAAAGUAUCACUCCAAGUUCGUCCAAGUGAAGGGACAGUCCAUGCUCUCAGGAAGUCACCUGACUUGGGCAAAGAGCUGACCAUGACGAAAGGUCACACACAAAACAAAUCAAUCCUGUCGGUAGUAAGCAACCUAAAAGCUGCUGAUCAAGAGAGAAUGGCUUACCAUAUCAGUCUGGCCAAAUCCGAUGGGCUGAGUCCUCCCAAAGAGUCACAUCCAAACCCCAUAUCGCUUGUCAAAAAUGCUUCUGGUCAAAUCCCAACUUCUGCUUUGCUCGAAGAGUCCAAACUAAUGGUGACAAGCGACCCUGAGAGCACUACAUCACUGGGAAAUGCUAUUCAGCACAAGAAACCUGAUAAUUUUGUAACUGUGACAACGGAAUCCCAGAAACAGCCUGGAACCUUGAGUAUGCAUUCUCUGAAAUUGGAAAAACAAGCACAGAUGUCUUCAAUGCUGCAGCAAUCUAAACCUCAAACUAUAGGACAAUCAGGAGAGCUAGCAAUGACAUCUCCUCCAAAGUCUCCUGUUCAAUAUUCACCACGCCGUGCCAAGUCACCCAUCAGCUCUUUUUAUCGUAGUGAGUCUCCUGGUAGCUCUGGUCAUCGUAGCAAAUCUCCAGUUAGUGAUGCCUAUAACAGCAAGUCUCCUGUUGUCUCUGUCCAUGGCAGCAAGUCUCCUGUUAACUCUGCCCAUGGCAGCAAGUCUCCUGUUAACUCUGCCCAUCGUAGCAAGUCACCAGUAAGCUCUACCCUUGGUAGCAGCACGGCUCCUGGUAGUAAUGCUCUUAGCAGCAAGUCCCCUGUUAGCCCUGCCCAUGGUAGCAAGUCUCCUGUAAGUGCUACCCUAAUCAGUAAGUCUCCUGUCAGCUCUACCUAUCGUAGCAAAUCUCCUGUAAGUGCUAAGUCUCCUGUUAGCCCUGCCCAUGGUAGCAAGUCUCCUGUAAGUCCUACCCUAAUCAGUAAGUCUCCUGUCAGCUCUACCCAUCGUAGCAAAUCUCCUGUAAGUGCUAAGUCUCCUGUUAGCCCUGCCCAUGGUAGCAAGUCUCCUGUAAGUGCAACCCAAAGUAGCAAGUUCCCUCUUGGCCUCAAUGCAAACUCCAAGUCUCCUUCUCAUAAGAGCCCAGGUAGGCAAUCACCUGGGCAAGUAGUCCCACUAGAUCUACGUUCAAAACCUGUUGUCACAAAGCCAUCUGCUACGUCAACAGGACCUCCUACUACUAUACAGAACAGUAGUUGAUCCAUUAUAUCCAAUGCUCUAGGGAUCCACUCUAUGAAAUGCUCUAGGGAAUACUGGGCAGUUUGCGUAAACCAACAGAUAAUGUGGUGUCAUCUACCUCUGUUGAGUCAUUCAGUUAUGAUUUAGGAGAUAGGAUGCAUUAGACUCGUAGUGAGAAGACAUACUCAUAAACUAGGCCAAGCACCCCUUAGGCAGCUAUGUGAUACUCCUCAUUCAUGUGAAGAUUCCAAGCCGCUUUCCUUGAAGUCUGAAUUUUUAAUUUCCAAUUCCAAGCUUGGGCUAUUUUGGUGAAGUAAUAUCCAUUUUUUGAGGAGAAACUAGAUGGAAUAUCAUGUCAUGACUAGGGGCAAGGAGAACAUCAAAGAUUAAAGAUAAAUCCUAGCCGAGUCAUCAGUGAAGAUUAAGCCUGAUAUCACAUCAGAUGUAGACUGAUUAUUUUCUUUGUGCAACCUUGGUUAAAUCCUUAGCACAAAUAGGUUCUAAAUACAGCUACUUAAAAGUAAUGUUCUACAUAAUAGAAUAUCAUGUUUUGGGUGUGAUUACUUUUAUUGUAUUUGUCAUUGUCAUUUUCAUUGUCAUUGGACUUAAAUGAAAAAUGUUGGAUAUUGACAAAUGGGUACUACUGUAUGUUGUGUCUUACACUUCACCACUAUGCAAUCCUACAAGAAUGUUGCAAACACAGAAUGUUUGAUAUGUCAGAGAGUGUAUACAUUAGCAAGGUAAAUUCAUGUUGAUAUGAUUUCAGUCAUCAAAGUCGAAACCUAUACGACUCUUUAGCACCGAUGCUGUAGCGUAGGAGAGCUGACGGGUCUAAAUUGGCCUGGGUUUAGCUGCACUGUUGGCAGAGUACACCGGAGCGUAAUCCCCAAGAUGUUUUGAUAAGCCCUAAUAAUAGCGGAUCAGGCAAUACAGGAUUGAGAGGAUGAUGCUAUCGCUGAUCUAGAUUUACUCUGCCAGAGAAAGCAUGUUACCUCUAAUGACACGCCCAUUUCAUUUCAACUCAUUCUUCUAGCUCAUCAUAUUCUAGUGACAUUGACAGUGACAUGGUAUUCCAGCUAUCUGACUUAUGUCAUUUUCUCUCUACUUCCAUACUGUUUUUUUGGCAGAGGGUGAUCUUUCUAUGACAGUAGGUGCCUGCGCACUAAUGUGCCAACUGAAAGGAUUGAUUUACAUAACAUUUGUUGUUGUUGUUGUUGUUUGUUUGUUUGUUUGUUUUUUUUUGUUUUUUUGGGGGGGGCUAUGAAGUAUUUUCACCCAUGCACACCAGCUUUGAUGAUAAAUCACCCAUGUUAUGUAUAUUUUUGUACAAGUAGGUUGCCAAAGACGAGUUGGGCUCAUAUCUUUCUUUCUUUCUUGUUUUUCUGAAUUGGUUUUUCUUUUUUCUUUCUUUUCUUCUUUCUUUUCUUCUUUCUUUCCUCCUUUCUUUCUUGCUGUAUUUCAUUUUUUUUAAAAUCUUUUAUAAUUGUUUAUAUUUGUGUGCAUGGGUAUAUGUGUGUAUACUAUAACUAUCUCUCCCCCUCCAUCUCUCUCUCUCUCUCUUUCUCUCUAUUUAUUGCAUUUUCUUUCUUUUUUCUCUCCCUUAAAUGCUCUCUCUAACUCUUGUUUCUUUUCUUGUACCUCCUUACCCUGUAUCAUCCAACUAUCUCCCAAUCCCAGCAGCUCUGUUCUAUGCCAUCUACUGUUCCUCUAUUUGUGUUGUAAUUGGGUUGGGCAAAGCAACAUGCCACCAGACGAGAGGCGUUGUUUGAUCGCCGUCAUAUAGUGUUCCUAGGCAUCUUAUGGUCGUCGUGGCAACAGUAUGUGUAACACAAACAAAGUCGGCUCCAAGUUACGUGCAUGUUCAUGAUACGUGUCCCGGCCCACAUCAUGUUUCCGCGGCAAUGUAAUUAAAAUCUCGGUGGUAAAACAUGAUCUAAUCCAGGGUCAGCAUCUUAUUGACUUGUUCACACUCUCCAAUGAAUGUCCCCUCAGAAUUAAUCUCAAAUCAUUUUCCGCUAUGAUUCCAUUUAUUAGUUAUCUAUUCAUCUUUCACAUCUUUCCAUAUCUCACUCUUUCUAUCCCUCUUUCUUCAUUUCUAUCUCUUCCUGUUGAUCAUCAGCUUUUUUCUUUCAAUAUGAUUGUAUAAAUCUUCUCAUGAGAAUAUAUUGAUAAUUUGGAAAAUUUAUCAAUUCAAUAUUUCAAAAGGCUUACUCUUCAUUACGUUAUGAGAUUAAAAAAAACAUUCUAGAAAUAAAAGAAUUCAAAGUUUAUUUUAUAAAGGUGAGAUGGGAUACAGCUCAUGUGCAUUGCUAUUACACUAUCUUAGCAGUAUAUACCGAUAUGAUGAUGAUGAUAAGUCCUAUCUCGCAAGCAAUUUCUUAGCAGAUAUGCAUUUACGAUAGCUAUUUUACUAUGACAAGCUCGAAAAGACAUCCCUCAUCCAGUUAAUAAUUAAACUGAAGGCUUUCAAAUGCAUUAAAAGGAUUACACAGAAUGUUAUUUUAGCCGUGCAUCGCAUCUCAUUUAUAUGCAGCAAGGGUAUUAAGUGGGGGAACCCCCUCUGCUCAAUAGCAUAAGUAAUUGACAGACUGUAUAUUUUAUAUCUAUCAUGUGAAGCAAAUCAUUAUCUUGGCAGUUAAAUGAGCUCUCUAGAAGGGUUGAAUGACCUAGCAGUGACUGAUGGAUGGGAAAAAAAAUUCUUACAGAACAAAAAUGUUUAACAAUACAUAGAACAUAAAUGGGUGUGUUUUGGGUGAAGCAGUUUGCUAAUGUACUCUGAGAUGUUUUGGUUAAUUUCAAAACAUCAAACUCUACAGUGACAACCUUACUUAAAAGAUAAAAAAGGAAGACUGACAAUUCGCAGAGCAGAGAGGGAUCUUCAAAACUUAUGAAAGGGGCUAUUCCCAACCCCAAAUUAACAAGUUUAUGAUGAUUAUCAUAUAUUAUGUGUUUUUUAUUUUUCUAUUUGUGAAUAAAAUUUCCUAUAAUACCAUAAGUAGAUAUAUUUACCCAGUGAAAUGUGAUCACCAAUCAUAAAUUUACUAUUUAAUAACAAAUUUCUUAAACUGGGAUGGUUGAUAUUGCAUACUUUACUUAUGCAUAUGCAUACAAAGCAGUUAUUUCAAAUUCCUACUUACUCUCUUUUUGCCUAUGAUAGAGGUGCUUCAUAGAACAUUAACUGAAAUGAUAUCUAACGAUUUUACAUUUUGGACCUGUUUGUAUAUGUUAAGCCACUUGUAAUACUAUUAUGGCUGUUUAGCAUAGGGAUGCCCUAGACUAAAACACAUUUUCUCUGAGGUUUUUUUGUUUGUAUAAUGUUGUAUGUUCUGUUGUUCCCCUCGCCAAUGAUACAUGAAUUAAUUAUCCACCAUUGAAAACUAAAUAUUUCAUGAAAUUGAAUACACGCAACCUUUUGAUUGUUCCUGAUGAUACUUAAACUUGAAAGCUUGAGUGAUAUAAAACAAAUCUUGACUGCCCUGGACAUUUCUAAGUAAUGUGUAUUGGCAGCGACUUCUCCAUUGAUCCUGUGCAAUCAGUUUAUUGAGAAAUGAGCAUUACAUUGAAUCAGGAAAGGCUCAUUUGAUCCAAUAGGUUUGCUGUCAUCGAUGUUUAAAGAAGAUGGAGCUUUGAAUUGAUUGGUAACAUGAACUCAUUCACUCUCUGUCAUUCCAUAUUAAUAUCACCACCAAGCAUUCUCAAAUCUAAUGAGAUUGAAGGGUUUUUUUCUAGUCACAUACAGGGUCUAUUUUCAACUGAGAAACCGAUGUUGAGAGAAAUGUACCAGCUUGUUUUCUGUGAUGAAUGAUCUUUUAAUCUAUUACAAAGUCAAAAUAACAAAUGAUAUAGUAUGAACAAAUAUGUUUCAUUGUAAUAUACACCUAUCACUACAAAGCUAGCCCCUUUUUAAAAGGGAAAAUGUCUUUAUUUACUUGAGUAAAGGGCAUAAUAUUUAUUUUUUCAGGAUCUAAGUUUAGGAGAAAGAUGCUUCUUAACUUAGGUUCUUAAUCCAAGACCAUAAAUGAUGCACAGACUAAACUGCACUUGAAAGAGUUUCCUUUUGAAAUCAAAUUGCACAUUCUUGAAUUACAGUGUGAAAUUGCUAUUGUCUUAAGUAUUGUUUUAUUUGUUAUAACUGUUUCUUUGUUUUCCUGUCACUCAGUAAGGAUGAAUUUGAUUUGAAUUUUAUCAUUUUGAGAAUCUUUUGUUGUGUAGAAAUGGUUUCAAUUAUUAUAGGUACAUACAUGUACCAUCAGGGCACAUUGUUUUAUUUUCUGUGAUAUUGUAGGCAAGCUGGGAAUUAUCUUUUAAGUUUAUGCAGAUAUUUGUCAAGUUAUAUAUAUAUAUAUAAUGAUAUAUAGACAAAUUUUACAUAUAUUUCUUCAAAGGAAACAUACUGGUCAUUGCAAUGUAUUUCACACAAUGCACACAUGUUGAACGUAGCACUUCACCUAAUCACAUAUAAUUUGUCUUCUUUCUUUUUGUACUACUUAGUGGAACUGAUAUGAUUUUGGGGUAUUGUAUAUAUGACUGAUGAUGACACUUCUAUGUAUGACUGAAAGUUUAUGAGAUGUACUGCAUCAAGAUUUUGAAUAAGAAUAAAUGAUUAAUGUAUUCUAAAAAUGUA